UCCUAUUUUUCUGCUUUGAUCGGCCAUACCGAAGAAAAUGAAAGAAUUUUACAGUAUAUUAGUUUAUCUUUCACUGUUGAUUCUGCCAAACACCCGGCGAACCAGCGGUAGUAACGUGGAAGAGGCGUCAGAAAGGUACAAAAUCGACGGCAAGAUCACAAUUCAAGGUUUUAAAUCGUCCGGUACGUCUUAAACUUUGUUGAUUUGGAAAUAUGUUAAAUCAGCUAGCGUUAGUCAGAACAGUUGAUUCUUUGAAUCCCAUGUUCUAUCUUUUACACCUGUACUUUCAUUGGCUGGGAUGCGUGACGCAAGAAUUUUUCUUGCUUAUAUCAAUACGAUGGUCAUUUAGGAGCUUCCAAUCUAAAGACCGGGCUAUAAACAGCAUGCGCGUCUAGCCACCUUCACUUCAGCGAAUAAUUGUUAACUAUUUCCAUAGCACAAGCCUAAAGUCUGUGAUCUUUGGCAAAUUAUUCUUCUGCAAAGUUCUAAUUGUGUGAAGAAAAACUCUUCUAGCAAUUAAGUAGCCUGCAGAGCAGGCGUUUCUAACGGAAACUCGGAGGUACAUUGAUCGCGGCCGCCAUCUUGAAAAGCCAGGGAAAAGACUAUUAAACCCACCAACCUCUCCCUUAAAAUCAGUUUUUGACUUGUCCCAACUCUCUGGUAGUAUCAACGUCCAAGAUGGCAGGAUAAAAUCAUUCCCGAAAACAAAUCAUGGAUCGCGCUCCAAAAUACACCUGCUUUGCAGGCUAGCAAUUGAGGCAAUAGACCAUUUUACAGUUGUGGGCUUAGUAUCCUAGCCUUUGAGUGAACGUGAGGCUGAGAUUGAUCUUGUUUUGAUACAAACCUCCUUCCUUUUCUUAUGGAGAUUAUUUUUAAAAAAUACUAUUCAGCACAGGGCUCGACGUUGCGACUCAUGGGGUCGCCAAUGCGACCAGCUUUUACUCAGUGGCGACCAAAUUUUCACGCCUGGUUGCAAACCUGACCCCCAAGAUAGGCGACUUUCUUCUUUGGGAAAACGUACACUAAUGAUAAUCUGUUUAUCCUUCACAAAACUAAAUCCAUUAAUUCUUAAAUAUAAUUUUUGGCGACCAGAAUACUUGUUCGGGCGACAAAAGAUGAAAACUUGGGGGCCAGCUGGCCCCAAGAUUUUUUCUGAAAGUCGAGCACUGCAGCAUAACAACGACAUGAUUUACAUAAGAAAGCAACAAGGGUUGUAUCAAAACAAGUUCAACUCCAGCCACGUUUCCACCUGUUACUGUAAAAUGGGCUAUAAUAUAUGUGAUCACCUCAAAAGUUUUUGGGAUGAUAGUCACAUUUAAGAAAAUUGGGAUGAUCUCAUGCAAAUCAGCUGAUCAUUUUUCAAGUUUUCCUGCUCAUCUUUCUCCCUUGCAAAAAGUUUAAGGAAUGGUACCUGUAGUUGCAAAACUCACCAGAAGGUUAUAAAAUCAAGUUAGACGAUUAAAUUUCAAUUGAAAAAAGUNUGUUUGCAUGAGAGUAUGUAAACAUGGUUGUGGCGUCAAGAUGUUUUCGUUUUCGCGCGCUAAUCACGCAAGCACGAAUUUGAAAAAGAUUUCGACUUCAAAACUCGACAAGUUUACUUUAUUUAUCCAUUCCUUCGUCGGCUGAAACUUGGAAAAUCGUGACAAAGAAGGUAUGUCGAUUUUUUUUCGCUCAAAACGACAUUUUAAGUGAGAAAAGUCCGUAUUUUGGAAAACAUCUUUUUGCAAAACAAGAACUGAUUGCGCGUGCAAAACUUCGUGGACAAGACUUUGCGACUGGUAAGAAUUUCUCUUUUAAUCAGUGCCAUACAAAGAGUUUUGCGUUUUCUCUCGAGAAAGUUAUUUUAUAAAAGCAAUAGAAAACUUUUUUCCUGUGUUUGCAUAUCCUGAUAUAAACACUCGAGGCGUUGGGAGAAUUCUCGACUGUUAUGCAAACCCUCGACUUCGUCUCGGGUUUGCAUAACUGUCUCGAAUUCUCCCAACCCCUCUCGUGUUAAUAUCAGGCUAUGCAAACAUGCAAAACGUUUUCUAUUGCUUAAAAGUUCAACUCCAGCCACGUUUCCACCUGUUACUGUAAAAUGGGCUAUAAUAUGGCAAUUAUGUGAUCACCUCAAAAGUUUUUGGGAUGAUAGUCACAUUUAAGAAAAUUGGGAUGAUCUCAUGCAAAUCAGCUGAUCAUUUUUCAAGUUUUCCUGCUCAUCUUUCUCCCUUGCAAAAAGUUUAAGGAAUGGUACCUGUAGUUGUGAAACUCACCAGAAGGUUAUAAAAUCAAGUUAGAUGAUUAAAUUUCAGUUGAAAAAAGUUGUCUCCUUUUUCUUUCUUCAGACUGGAUUUCUCAAACCAGAGUUAUUGUUGAUGGUGGAAACUAUAUUGGGUUUCUUAAAGCCGAUGGCAGCUUCACUGUUAACGAUGUCCCUGCUGGUUCUUACAUAGUAGAAGUUUUGUCACCAAAUAACAUGUUCGAACCUGUUAGAGUUGACAUCAGUGGUAGAGCAAAGGGAAAAAUAAGAGCGAGAAAAGUGAACUUUCUUCAGAAUUCAGCAGUUGUUACUCUUCCGUACCCUCUUAAGUUUAAAGCCAAAGAACCAGCUCCCUUCUUUGAAAAACGAGAACAGUGGAAAGUUACUGAUAUGCUUUUCAAUCCCAUGGUAAGUAGGUCAUAAGCAGUAGUAGUGAAUACAUGUCCUUGCUACUUUUGAUGGUAACUCUGUAAACUGCGUGCUGUAUAAUUUUGUGACCAGCUCUGUCGUGGCUACUGCAGAGUUUUGAUACAGACAAAGGGGGUAUCAAAAAUGGCUUUAAUUAAGGAAAUUUAGCAAUUGCUAAAAUUAAUUUCACAUGUACCACAGUGGCCAUAGUUUACACAAUGUAUCCUUAUUUCCCUUGCAUAUUGCGCUUAAGUAUUGCUUCUCUCCUUUGUGCUGCUAAUUCAUCACUGGGUUACCCUUCCACCCCACCAACUCCCCACCAGUAUGUUGUCAGGGCCCAUUUAUACAUUUGGUUGAAGAGAUCAAAGGGAGUGCAAGUUUCUUGUCCAAGGAAACAACUCACUGGCAAGGCUCAAUUCUAGACCAGCAGGGGUAGUUUGCUGAAUGCUGUAUGACUGUGAAGUUUAGUGAUUAGGGUUAGGAAACUGCUUUUGAGUCAUACAUGCCAGAUCAGUUCACCCUGUAUACUGACCCUAACUGGAACUUUAUACACACAGUUUUUGUUACCCUAAUCACAAUUAAACAUCAGAGUCAUUUUGAUGUCCAGCAGCCGUUUAGCAUUCUGCAAAAUACACCUACCAAUGCUAGACAAGUCGUACAAAGUGAUAACAUUUCAGUCAGCAGGCCCCUAUAUUACAUUGAACACUAAUUCAAAUAUGAAAACUUUUGGUAAGCUAAAGAAGAGAACAGAAAGGUCAAAAACUCUUGCUAUGAGUGAUAACUGUAACUGUUGAUUUCAGGUCCUGAUGAUGGUGUUGCCACUACUUCUGCUGUUAGUUCUACCUAAACUUAUAAAUAGUCAAGAUCCAGAGACUCAAAAGGUACAGAAAUCAAAUGUACUGAAUUAAGAUGGCAUCCAUCUGGAAAUUGAGUAAUUUUGUCUUUCAGUUGACAAAAACCUUGUACCAGAAUAAUUUAAACAAUACCACGUAAGUUCUUUUUUUACAUUUUUCAAGGGCUAUAGUUAUAAUUUAUUAUCUGCAAUAACACCAAAGACUAUUUCUUAAUGUGAAAACACAGGUAAAAGUCUGAAAAUUUCAUGUGUAAGAUGUCAUUUUGUUAAAUUUGUCUCCCAUAAGAAAUUUUCUUUUAGUGUUAUUACAGAUAACUAAUUACAUGUAUGGCCCUUGAGAGAAUGCAAUAUUGUUUAAAUUAUUCUGGUACAAGGUUUUUGUCCACUGAAAAAUUAAAAUUACUCAAUUUCCUGAUGGAUUCCAUCUUAAUACUAUUAAUAGCAGUGAUAACAAACUGACCUUAUUUUUUUUACUGACUUUAUACUUCCCUAACAAAUGUCGGAACCAAGAAGACAAUCCUGAUAGAAUCCUACACAGGAUUGCACCUGAUUUCCACCAGGGUGUGUGAGCAGGAAAAGAUGCUUUGCAUAAACAGUGCCAGUAUUAGAAUAGUUAUACCACAACAUGAGAAAUUUCUGCAAUUUGAUUGGCUUAGAGCAGUGGUAUUUCAGCUUAAUUUGAAAUAAUACCUACAUGUGAAAAUUACAAACCUUGUGGGUAGUAGUAUAGACAAAUAAUAGCAUGAUUUGUUUGUGAUAUUUGGCAUAAAUACCACUUGUGAUAUUUCAAAAUUGUCUCGCAUUUCACUCGCCCAAUGGCUCAUGAAAUUACGUAAAUCAGUUUUGAAAUAUCACUUGUGGUAUUUAUGCCAGAUAUCACUACAUAACCUACUAUUAUCUAUACUAACAGGUACACUGAAUACUGGUACUGCAGCCCGCCUAGCCUCAAUACCGGUUAAAGAAAAUAGAAAUUAUACAAUAAUUCCUAUUAAAGCCUCUUACAAAUUUUCUUAUAAUCCUUUUUCUCGUAGGAAAUGCAGUCAUCAAUGAACAUGUUCAAUCAGUCCAAGGAUUUACCAGACAUCUCAGACUGGUUUGCAAAAAACUUCUCUUCUGUUAGCAGAAAAAAACCCGCAAAUAAGGCUGCACCGAAAAAACCUGCACUGGCAAGUUCAAGAAGGCGCUGAUUGGUAAAGUAAAACAACCCUUUCACCUUUAAGUUCAAUGUUGAAUUUCUCCUUUCUUGUGCUAGCAAGUUCCUUUCAGAAACCAUGUGGAGAGAUUCUUUGUCCAUUAACACUUCAAUUGAACUUUUAAAUUAAAUACUAUGUACAUUGACUAGUCUUUUGCCAUACUCUUUUUAGAAAAGUGAGAGAACUUGAGGGAUUUUUAAACGUGUUUAAUGAAUGGCCAUCUUUUGGUACAUGCAAGCCUGUGCUAAUGUAGACCUCUUUGGCUUGUAAGUUUUGUUUGCGCAAUAGAGGUCCCAGGGGAACUUGCCCAUUUGUCUUUUCAUAAGUUAUGCAUAGAUAUGCACUGAAUAAGACGAAAUUUGAAAGAAACAAUUCUCUAGAGUAUUAUCACAUAUUGGCAAAACAAAACAUAUAAGCUAAAGAGGUCUAUUGAAACAAGAUUGAACGUUGUAGUUAAUUUUCAUUCAUUUAUUCUUAAAUAAUGUAAACACUUCUUUGUAUGUACAAAAGUAUUAGUAGUUUAGCGGAUUUUAGCUGCCAAAGGUUUAUGGUACCCUUCCGAUUCAAUUCAAAAAACUUUUGGCUAAACAAUCUAAUCCAAUCUAAACUCCUUUAAUAUAGCCGGAUUCCUCCUACAAGAUAUUCCCAUUUGUUCAAAAGUUGGACCGCGCUAUUCGUUGGCUAAUGUUAUGUCAUUCUUGUUAAGUUAUGAGUUGUUUUAUUCAAAAUAAUGAUAAUAAUACUAAUAAUAAUAAAU